CACGAUCGACUGCAUCUUGGACCUCAACAGACAACAUCUCUCGGCUUCUGGCCCAGAGAGCGAUAUAUUUAUAUGUAUCGUGUUGGCAUUGGCCUCAUUGUUGAUUUAAGACCUCCAGCACAGACAUCUGAGCAACAAUUAGCCAGUCAUGGCCAACAUUAUCCUCUCCAUCAACGCAGGCAGCUCCUCGUUGAAGACGACAGUAUUCCUAGAACAAGGUCCAGCCACCUCCAAAGGGCUCCGCCGCUUGGCCUCCGCAGAAAUCUCGGCUAUCAACUCGCCCCCCGCCAAACUAAAAUAUGUCCGUGGUGCUCAUAAACAAUCCUCCGACGCAGGCCAAAUUCACAACCACACCGAGGCCUUCGCUUAUGUCCUAGAUGCCUUCAUCUCUGACGCCGAGAUCCCCGAGGUCUCAGGCAAGGACAGCAUUCACUAUGCGUGUCAUCGAGUGGUCCAGGGUGGGGAGUACACUGGGGUGCAUCUGAUUGACAAGGAUACCUUCCACAAGAUUGAGAAGCUCUCCGACCUCGCCCCAUUACACAAUGCUUCUGCUGUCAGUUUGAUGACUGCCUGCCACGAUGACCUCCCAAAAGCCAUCAACGUUGCGUGUUUCGACUCUGGCUUCCACAAUUCCAUGCCUGACUAUGUCAAGACGUAUGUCAUCGACCAGAAGAUUGCGCAAGAGAAGGGACUUCGCAAGUACGGCUUCCAUGGUCUGAGCUACCAAUACAUCACCCGGAGAAUCGCAGAGUUUCUCGACAAGCCCCAAUCCGAGACCUCCAUCAUUGCUCUGCACCUGGGAAGCGGCGCAUCCGCCUGUGCCAUCAAGAAUGGCCAAUCAAUAGAUACCACCAUGGGCUUGACACCCGUCUCCGGUUUGCCGGGAGGUACACGAUCCGGAGAUAUUGACCCCAGCCUGGUCUUCCACUAUACUUCCGACGCCAGUGCUCUCAGUCCCAAUAGUACUAAAGACCUCCAUAUCUCCACAGCAGAAGAGAUCCUGAACAAGCAGUCAGGCUGGAAAGCGCUCACUGGAACGACCGAUUUUUCCAAAAUCGCCGAUCCAGAUGCUCCCGACACCCACAAGCUUGCCUUCAAUAUCUUUGUUGACCGAGUUAUCGGUUAUAUCGGCAACUACUACGUCAAGCUUGAUGGCAAAGUCGAUGCCUUGGUCUUCUCCGGCGGCAUUGGAGAGAAGAGUGCUUAUGUACGUCAAGUUGUCAGUACCAGGGUCGCCUGCUUAGGCUUUACCCUCGAUUCAGAAAAGAACCAGCAAGCCUCUGAUGGCGAUGAUGUUGUUGACAUUGGAACGAGUCAAACCAAGCGGACCUUGGUCUGCCAGACGGAUGAAGACUUUGAAAUGGCUUUCAGUGUAUUGAACUAUCCGAAAUGAACUCGUUCCUGAUCUGGCGGCCUUAGAAUCAAUGGCAGCUUGAGGUUGGCUGACUGCACGGCCUCAAUCAUUACCCAUUGCUUUAGACAACUGUCUUUAUAAUCUGGCAGUCUCCCAUCCACACAUCAAACCUCAAACCUCCCACCUCACCCCACUCCCGGAUGCUUUCGGUAUUUCACCUUGAGAGCCCUCGUAUACACGAUCUUUCUUCCUCUCGAUCUUGUUCACGUCAUCUCUAGCGAGCUUCUGGAAUCAGCCAUUCUCUCUGCUGCAUAACAAGAGUGGGUACAAGUGGAUCUUCGGUUGCAUCCAACGAGGCACUUCGAUCCCAUCUGCAGCUGCUGUCGCAUGCAAUACGCUUGGAUAAAUCGACUUAGGGUCAACAUUAAGCCAUCUUCUCGGCGCCCUGGAAAGUUUACAUUCAAAGCAAAUCUAAUAUCAUGUGCAUCUUGAGACGACUCGGGGUAGAAUGGAUAGUCCAGUAUUGGGAGCUAGGUAUUUUUGAAAAUUUCCAGCCAUGCCAAUCUCAGCGUCUCAAUUACACGGACCUCCCACGAGGCGUGAGAGUCCAUUGGUUUUAGUAUGCCAUGAUCGGGCUCGACAAUGAUGUUGCGGAGUUCCUUUGGGAUCUACCAUAGAUUUGUCAUGUCACAGCAUCCACCAAGCCCACUUUAGCCCAUCCUUCGGUCGCCAGUGAUUAGUCACACCAUUGCAGAGCCGAUGCCGACCUUCAUUAUUGGAACCGAAGUUCCGCUACGCCCGAAGCCUGUUAGACACCUUACGGAGUACAGUUCCUGUGCCUGGCAGUUUUGGCAAUCGUCACCAGGCGUCCUCAUCAUACAACGUCACACUGCCGCCAUAUCCCAACCUCGGCACCAAGUCAGCAAGGCCCUAAAUCGACCUUUCUAUCAGCUUUUUAGGGCCUUGGAGGCUCAAGUAGCGUAGGCAGCAAAAAUUAAAGCCUUUUCUUAAAACCUUCUAGCAACUACCUGAAGCGG